AGUACCUUCUGCUUCCUCCUCGAUCCCCUUUGGCUCUCGGUCUGUCUUCUCGGCGCGUCGAGGGAUAGACAAGAUGGCUGGGUUAAAAAUGCUCCUUCUGGCAGCAGUCCUCUUUCUGGGCGGAGCGAAGCAGGUGGCCGCUGGCACUUCCCGCUCGCAGCAGUGCCGCGCAGACGGAGGCCGCUGCGUGUCCGCCGGGAGCUGCCGCUCGCCCUCGGUGGCGGCGUCGGCCUGCGGGGGCGCCGGGGGCGCCGUGUGCUGCAACCCCUCGGGCUCGGACGCCUUCGCUCGGGCCCUGGAGCUCGACGGCUUCGAGGUCGGCUUGAGAGUCAACCCUUGUAGCAACAGAAAAUGCCUCAACUGGUACCGGGGAGAGUGGCUGACAGACCCGGCCACCUGCACGGACAAGCGGCGGCUGGUCAACUUCUGCGAGACGACUAACCAAUGGUGCUGCGCUCCUCCCUGCAGAAGGAAGUCGCGAUGCCGCAGGAAGAAGGGAUACUGCGUGCCGAGGAAGUCCAUGUGUCCCAGUGGCAGGACGAGGCGCAGGCUGUGUGGGGGGAGGAUGUGCUUCUGCUGUCUGCCAGAAUGGCCGGUUCCGUCUUGCCCUUGCCCCCAGAACAGAGUAUCGGUGUGUGAGCCGACAGGCACCUAUUCCCUUGCUGAGGGCAGUUGCGUUCAAGUCCACAGCCCUGGCUACCCUUACCCCUAUGACAACGACGCGUCAUGUUCCCUUAGUGUUGUGGCUCCGAGUUACUGCAGAAUUAUCGUGGAGUACUGUCAGGUGGAGCUGGAAAGGUGCCCUUAUGAUUAUGUGAAUGUCACCGAUGGCGUAACCAGCAACUCGUACUGCGGGACCGCUAACCCAGUUGGCUUCACUUCAGCCGCUAACACUGUCGACUUCAGUUUCUUCUCGGAUUCCAGCCAAGUAAACAGAGGUUUCCAGGCUUCUCUCUCUACCACCUGCUUCGACUGUACUCAGGGACCGACUUAUGCGGUAUGCAGCGACACCGCCAUUACCUCGAGCACUGGCGGUCUGAUCAACUCCCCCGGGUAUCCAGGCACUUACCCGACCUUCGUGGACUGCACCCUCACCAUCAGCGCUCCUGCUGGAUCCACCAUUAGAUUCGAGUAUUUGGCGUUCCAUUUGGAAGGAAGUCCACCGACGUGCGGGUUCGACUACUUCCAGAUCUACGACACGUCUCUUCCGUCAACGACCAAAUACUGUGGAACUACCUUGCCCACCUUCACGACCUCUUCAACAAACGCAGUGACGAUCGUAUUCUCUUCCGAUAAGUCUGAAGUCUUCACUGGAUUCUCGAUCUGCUUCACGGUAAUAUAAGACCUUGGGCUGACUGUUGAACUCCCUUACCCUAUAAUGGCUAUCGACGAACAACGAACCACAAACAAUUCUUGCAAAAAAAAAUCUUCACGAAAUGCUUCCAAAAUGGAGAAAAUGAGAAAAUAAGAAUCGGUAAAUGACGCGGAUCGGUAUUUUAGGAAACUCAAGUCAUUCAGGAUGCCCGGUUUCAGUUCGUCGAAUGUAAUCUUUGCUUCUCUUGAUAAAUCAUAGAGGAAAGCACAUAAUUUCCCUCAUUAUACUUUCGUUAACUUUGAAGAAGCAUUUUCUUGAUAUCACACUUUUCUUGAUACAUCAUCCACGUAACAUAUCCAUUCUGUCUUUGACUUAAUAUUGAUAUUAAUAUUGAUAUCCUCCACUUUUCCCUAUAUAACCCAAGUAACUUUUCAUUAUAUCUUAACCUUAGGACUGAAAAAUAACUUACCUGAUUAUUCAACUUCCCUCAAUGUAUCACCCAUGUAACUUUAUAGUGUAACUUUGCACUGUGUCUUUACCUUAUUACCGAACGAGUAUUUUUCUUGAUGCUCAAUUUUCCUGCUUUCUGAUCAUUACACAAUAAAUAGGUUGUAGCCAUCUUAGGGUAUACUAGCCCAUGUGUGGUCGGUUUUCUUGUGUACGCAUCACUACCACACAGAACCAUUAUAUGCAUAUUUAUUUUACUGGCAGUUACACUUAUGUAUGAAUCUUGUACUAUGGCAUAUGACCUUGGUGUACAUUUGCCUUAUAUGGUACUGAAUAAAGUUUUUAUCGGCAUAUUAAA